UGGGGUGUGUAUAGAAACUCGUAUCAGCAGUAUCUAGCUGCAAAAGAGCUGAAGAAACAGUCAUGGAGAUACCACAGAAAGUUCAACACAUGGUUUCAGAGACAUAAGGAGCCAAAGAUUGCAACUGAUGAGUAUGAACAAGGAGCCUAUGUUUACUUUGAUUUCCACCCAAAAGACGAGAAUCAAGAGGGAGGAUGGUGCCAAAGGAUCAAAAACGAGUUCACGUUUGAAUACAGUUAUCUUGAAGAUGAACUCGCCGUAUAGACAAGAGAUAGAGAGAGAGAUACAUGUUGUCUAUGUAUAUGCUCUCGCGCAAGUGGUUAUUUCCUGAGUUUGUACUCAUUUCUUUUCAGUACCUUUUAAAUAACCAAAGACAGAUUUUUCUAGUAAUCUGUUUUCUUAAACCGUAA